AUGCCAUGCUGAUGGUGGCAGAGAGGCUGGAGGGUCCUUUCAACAUUGAGUCCGUUAUGGAUCCCAUUGAUGUGAAGAUUUCUGACGCUAUCAUGAACAUGCAGGAUAAUAGUGUUCAAGUGUCUCAGAAGGUUUUCCAAGGCUGUGGACCUCCGAAGCCUCUCCCAGCUGGACGAAUUUCUCGCUCCAUCUCUGAAAGUGCCUUCAGUGCUCGAUUCAGACCUUAUCAUCCAGAGCAACGCCCAACCACGGCAGCUGGCACUAGUUUGGACCGACUG